AUGGAGGUCGACCAAGAAUCCCUCCAUGCCUCCAAGGCAGAGGCGACCCAGGUCGAGACCGACCUGAGUGACGAAACCCAAGAUUUCCGCCUCCUGGAACGCCUGAGCCUCUUGACCGACACCUCGUCUUCGAGCUUGCCCAAGCGAGGCGAGAAAGACUUCGAACCCAAUCCAACUGUCUACCAAGCCGAUAUCCUCGCCGCUUCGCGCCAAGCGAUGCACAAUGCGCUCUCGCAUCCGCGAAUGCAUCCGCCCAAGACCCACGCCCUCGGCUUCUAUGCGCCCGAUGGCCCCAAGCCUCCGCCUGGCGUGGAAUUGGAUCACAGAGGACAUGGGGUCUCUUCCAACUGCUGUGUAUGCGUCCCCAAUCCGAAGGGCGUGGUUUUUAAGACGAUUGGACAGGGAGAUCGGUGGAAUCGGAUAUGGCUCCUCCCAGAAGAGGCGCUCUAUCUUCUCGAAAGAGGCAGCUUAGAUAUUCGGUGGCCCAGUUCGGCCGACGAGCAUGUAGCAGGUGGUUCGGAUCUGGAGAGCGACCUUUCAAUUCCCAUGAGCCUGCAAGCCGCUUAUGCUUGUUUCCUUGGUCAGUCUGGGCUGACCCUCGAACGAUACUCAGUCUACAGCAGCUUGAGGCGUCUGGGGUAUGCUGUUGUCCGAGCAUCGGGCUGGGAUGAUUCACCUGCGGCCAGGGCGCCCGAUCGGCGGGUUGACGGCUACACGCAGCCUCAGCUCCGAGGCGCUGGGCUGGCGGGCAUGUUCAGCAUGCUUUUCAAUUGGAUGCAUGAUCCUAAGUCUACGGCGUCCACGGCGGCUGGUCCGCUCGUGGGUACUGGGAUUCAUCGCAACUAUGCACAUAUCUAUCAGAAAUUGGCUAUCAUACCGUGGUACGACCCUACUACUGUCCCGGACAGGGACCCAUUGGACACAGACGCCCCGUUCCGAGUCGUUUUUCAUAUCUACAAACCUUCCACUGCGAUCAAGAAGAGCGCGCUCCCACCUCCUGACUACCGCAUCGCUGUGGUGAAUACCCGCGAGCAGACCACCCUCCCAACCCUCUCUCAACUCGGCGCGCUGCUGGAAAGUACGCCUCUUGAUCCACCGAAAGGUGAGAAGAUGGAUCGAAUCCUCUCCCUGCGUCUUCGCCAGGGGUACCGCAAUGUCAUCUUGGCGGUUGUGGACCAGGGCGUUGCCAGCUACCUCAGAAUCUCCGACGUCGCGUUUGGGAAAGAGAAGAUCUACCAAAACAAAGGCCCACCGUCAGGAUCCAAGAAUCAGAAGAAUUUCAAGAGCAAAAAGCGGUGA